UCCGAUUCUUCACUAGUUCACUUACCUUUAUUUUCUGCCCCAUUUCUGGAAUAUUUUCGAAAACUAAUAAGGAAAUUAAGAUGGACAUUUAGGGGUUUUGCCUAGUCAGCUGUUGCUAGUUUAGUUGCAGAAGAUGGGAUCUAAUAUAAACUUCAAGAACUUUGGUGAUGUGCAAAAUGGGGAUGUAAAUGGUGGGAGGCUAGCUGGGAAUUUCUCGCUGGCUCGUCAGAGUUCUGUGUACUCCCUGACGUUUGAUGAGUUCCAGAACACCAUGGGAGGACUUGGGAAGGAUUUUGGGUCGAUGAACAUGGAUGAGCUUUUGAAGAAUAUAUGGAGUGCUGAAGAGACUCAAGGAAUUGCAUUUACUUCUGGGGCAGGGGAGGGAAAUGCCCCUAUGGGGAAUUUGCAGAGACAAGGCUCAUUGACCCUGCCUCGGACACUUAGUCAGAAGACAGUUGAUGAUGUUUGGAAAGAAUUGAUUAGGGAGAGUGGUGAUGCUAGAUUUAGUAAUGUUGGUGGGGGGUCGAAUUUGCCACAGGAACAAAGACAGCAGACUUUGGGGGAGAUGACUCUGGAGGAGUUUUUGGCCAGAGCAGGGGUGGUGCGAGAAGAUGCUCAAGAAAUGGCAAGGCCUGGUAAUGGUGGAUUCUUUGGUGAUAUGUUUCGUCAUAGUAACAACACUGGGGUAGCUCCUGGUUACCAGCAGGCAAGUCGAAACAAUGGUCUUAUGGGUAGUCGAGUAGAAAGUAACAAUAUUUCGGUUCCUAAUCAGUCUCCUAUGAAUGCUGGUGGAGUGAGAACUUCGCAGCAGCAAACGCACCAGCUUCCCAUGCAGCAGCAGCAGCAGCAGUUAAUCUUUCCCAAGCCUGCAACUUUGUCUUUUCCCCCUUCUAUGCAUAUGGUAAGCAAUGCUCAGCUAGCUAGCCCAAGAAGUAGGGGACUAAUGUCUGCAGUUGUGGAGCCUUCUAGGAACACAGCUUUCUCUCAAGGUGGUGGGUUUCCAGGUGUUGGGAUUGGAAUGGGUGGUUUAGGUGCUGGAGGUGUUACAGUUGCAUCAAAAUCUCCCGUAAAUCAUAUAUCACCAGAUAUCAUUGCUAAGAGCAAUGCAGAUACUUCUUCAUUGUCACCAGUUCCUUACGUGUUUACUCGUGGAAGGAAAGCCAAUGGAACUCUGGAGAAAGUAGUUGAGAGAAGGCAAAGGAGAAUGAUAAAGAACAGAGAAUCUGCUGCAAGGUCUCGAGCUCGUAAGCAGGCCUACACCUUGGAACUAGAGGCAGAAGUGCAAAAACUUAAAGAAAUGAAUGAAGAAUUACACCAAAAAAAGGCUGAAAUUAUGGAAAUGCAGAAAGAUCAGAUUUUAGAGACAAUGAAGCGAAAAUGGGGAGGUAAAAGGCCGUGCUUGAGGCGAACACUGACUGGCCCUUGGUAAUUUUGUUGAGUUUUACUGCAUCCAAUCUUAUACUUCAAAAACUAGGUAAUAGCUGUAUGUAUAGGAGCGGAGUUGUGAGUUGUAAAAUUAAGACCAUGGUUAAUCUCAUCUUGUAGAUCAAACUCUUGUAUUUGUGUAAUCUCUUGCUUCUAUUGCAAAUCAAAUAUAGAGAUACUUAAGAGAUAA